AUGCGCCAAUCUCAGGCUUUGGUGCUUUUGGGCAUCAUAGCUCAAAAUAGGAUUGUUAUAGCAGGUUCUUUACCUCGUGGUGUUGGUCCUGAAUUCGUGAAAUUCUACGAAACAAAAGACACAUUCACCUGUAUAGGUCAUCCUUCCAUAACCAUUCCUGCCUCACGAAUUAACGAUAACUCCUGCGAUUGUCCCGAUGGUACCGACGAACCUGGCACCGCUGCUUGCGCAUUAUUAGAUCAUCUUUCCCCUCAACAACCUUUACCCGGUUCUCUCUCCGGUACUACAAACACCACCAAUGCUCUCCCAGGUUUUUGGUGUGCCAACAAAGGUCAUGUCGGUGCUUACGUUCCUUUCAUGUACGUAAAUGACGGAGUUUGCGAUUAUGAUCUUUGCUGCGAUGGUAGUGAGGAAUACGGAAAUGUAGGUGGAGUCAAAUGCGAGAACAAAUGUGCGGAAAUCGGCAAGGAAUGGAGACGAGUCGAAAAAGAACGAAAGGAUAACCUCGAACGAGCCAACAAACGUCGUAGAACAAUGGUGAAGGAGUCUAAGGAACUUCGUCGUCGUGUCGAAAGCAAAAUUACUAGCCUUACCGAAGAAAUCAAGGAACUUGAGGUAAAGCGGGAUGAAUUGAAGGUGAAACUCGACGAGGUUGAACGUCAAGAACGCUUCAAAGUUGUUAAGACCGAAGGACCUGGUAAACUUGGCGUACUUGCCGGAUUGGCCAAAACGAGAGUGAACGAAUUACGAGAUACAUUAAACAAGAUUGUCAACGAUCGUCAUCAACUAAGAGCCAAGGUCGACGAGCUAGAAGGUAUUCUGGCAGCAUUCAAGGAGGAAUACAACCCUAACUUCAACGACGAAGGUGUCAAGAAGGCUGUCAGAGCUUGGGAAGAUUACGCUGCUAAGAAGGCUGGCGAGACUCAAGAACAGAUCAAUGAAGAUGACAUUCUAGCAGUCUCCAAGGAAGACAGCGAGGAAUCUGGUAUCAACUGGAAGGAAUUUGAAGAGGAUGAAGCUACCGAUACGGAUAUUCUAUAUAGUUUUGAGGCUUAUCUCCCCGGCCCUCUCCGCGACUUCCUUCAUUCCAAGAUCAAUCUUUUCCGGAUUUGGUUAAUUGAGAAUGGAAUAUUGGCCGAUGCUGGUUCUGAGAGAGGCGAAUCACGUCUCGUCAAAGCCGCACGAGAAGCUCAUGAUACUGUAGCCAACGAGGUUAAUGCAAAGACGCGGACAUUAGAAGAGCAACAACGUGACUUAGAGAAGGAUUACGGCAAGGAUGAUAUCUUCCGAUACCUUAAAGGCAAGUGUAUCACGACCGAAGCUGGCGAGUAUGAAUAUGAACUAUGCUGGUUAGAUAAGACAAGUCAGAAGAGUAAAAAGGGUGGAGGUAAAACCACAAUGGGUAAUUUCAAUCGGUUCGACUUCGACGAGGCAGAUGAGGAAGAACGUCAUGACGGCAAGGGACUCGGACGAGGUAAACGUGUGGUUCUUCGAUAUGAAAAUGGUCAGGGCUGCUGGAACGGUCCAAACCGUAAAACCGAUGUUUGGCUCGCCUGUGCCGAAACAGAAGAAUUAUGGCGAGUUAGCGAGUUGGAGAAAUGCGUUUAUAAGAUGGAAGUAGGUACACCAGCCGUUUGCGAGGAAGUUGUUGAGCCAGGACAUACCAAAGAUGAGUUGUGA